CCAGAGCUGACUGUUAUGUACUGUACGCCGAUGACGACGCAGAAAUACGGUCAUUAAAGGGCUGGGUUGAGCAACCCCCUUCCCUCUCACAAUUCCUUGGCGGGGACUUAUAAAUGAGACGGUUUAGUACUUCAAGGAAGAUAGGAAGUUAGAGAAUAACAACCUCAUCUACGACCAAUUUUUGUAAUCCUCUCUCAACAUGGCCGACCUCUCCAAAACCGCCCUCGUCCUAGUCGACCCCUACAACGACUUUCUCCACCAGGACGGCAAACUCACCCCGUUGCUGAAAGACCUGGAGGAGAAAGGGACCGUCAAACACAUCGAAGAAGCCGUGGCUACCGCUCGCCUGCAUCGUAUCCCAGUUUACUACGGCCUACACCAGCACUGGACCCCCUCUGCCUUCCAGGAAUGGCGACACAUGACCCCUAACAACGUCAAGCAGGAGAAUAUCAAGUUCUUCGAAGCAAACACGUUUGGUGCUCAAAUUUACCAAGGCUUGGAACCUGAUCCCAACAACGGGGAUGUGGUUGUAAGUCGACACUGGAACAGCGACUCCUUCCAGAACACGGACCUGGACUUUCAGCUGCGCCAGCGCGAGAUGAUACACCUAGUACUUGCAGGUCUGACGGCCAAUACAUGCCUGGAGGCUACUGCGCGCCAUGCUUUUGAGCUAGGAUACCACGUGACUCUACUCAAGGAUGCAACGGCCGGUUGGUCGAAGGAGCUGACGGACGCGGCGACCGAGUUGGUCUGGCCAUUGUUCGCGGAGGUGAAGACGGUGGAGGAAUGGGUCGAGUCAGUGAAGGCAAAGAGAAAGGCUUAA